CAAUAAAGGAGAGCAUCCGACCCAGCAGAGAGUCCCACAGCAGGCUAGGAAGCGGACACUCAAACUCUGCAAACUUUUACUCCUGCUCUUAUUCUCGGAAACUAUCCUCACUUAAAAAAGUGAAAAAAUAAUUGAAUAAGAAAAGGAAGAAUCGGGUAUAGGGGGCUUCUCGUCGUUUUGGUCAGGUAAGGCUCCCGAUUGGCAUCCAGAAGUUCCCAGAGGAGACUCUGGUGCGCACAUGGUUCCACAAAUGAGCUCCUCUAUCUGCUGACAGGCGCGCACCCCGCAAUCAAAAUCUGGAUAACGAGACCUUUAACUUUUUAACUCUAUAACUCACAACAAAAUAACAAGCUCUUCAAUCUGGAGUAAGGAUUUAUCUCUCCUUCCCCUUCUUCACCGGAGGGGCAAAAAGACAGAAGCCAUGCUGGGUUUAAGGAGGAUUCCUGGCCUGCGCGCAGCUCGGAUUCAGCGCGCUGCUUCCUCAGGAGCUGGACUCUCAUAUCGGAACCAAGGUGCCAAUUCAAGGAUGUACUGUGCUUGUCUAUUACUGCUGCUGCUCGUGACCCCACGCGUGGAUUCUUCAUGGUGGUACAUUGGUGCUCUUGGGGCUCGUGUAAUCUGUGACAACAUCCCAGGCCUGGUGAACAAGCAGCGGCAGCUCUGCCAGCGCCACCCAGACAUCAUGCAGGCCAUCGGAGAGGGCACCAAGGAGUGGAUCAGAGAGUGCCAACAUCAGUUCAGACACCAUCGAUGGAACUGCAGCACCCUGGAACGCGAUCACACCGUCUUUGGACGUGUCCUGCUCCGGAGCAGUCGUGAAGCAGCUUUUGUCUACGCCAUCUCCUCCGCAGGAGUUGUGUACGCGCUGACUCGUGCCUGCAGCCAGGGGGAACUGAAGUCGUGUAACUGCGACCCUCAAAAACGAGGACGUGCUCAUGAUGAAAAAGGUGAAUUUGACUGGGGUGGCUGCAGCGAUAACGUCAACUAUGGAAUAAAAUUUGCCAAAGACUUCAUUGAUUCCAAAGAGAGAACUGUCAGGGACGCUCGGGCACUCAUGAACCUUCACAACAACCGCUGCGGCAGAACAGCAGUGAAGCGCUUCAUGAACAUGGAGUGUAAAUGCCACGGUGUGAGUGGCUCCUGCACUCUGCGGACAUGCUGGAUGGCCUUGUCGGACUUCAGGAAGACCGGCGACUACCUGCGGAGGAAGUACAAUGGGGCGGUUGAGGUGACGAUGAAUCAGGAUGGGACAGGUUUUGCUGUAGCCAACAAAGCCUUCAGGAAGGCCACCAAGAACGACUUGGUGUACUUCGAGAACUCUCCGGAUUAUUGCCUCCAAGACAAAGCAGCAGGUUCUUUAGGCACUGCUGGGAGGGUCUGCAACAAGACAUCUCGGGGCACGGACGGAUGUGAGGUCAUGUGCUGUGGGAGAGGAUACGACACCACCAGAGUCAGGCAAAUCACUAAGUGUGAGUGCAAGUUCAAAUGGUGCUGCGCAGUGGAGUGCAAGGACUGCGAGGAGGCUGUGGACAUACACACGUGCAAGGCCCCAAAACGAGCUGAGUGGUUGGACAAAACCUGAGGAGCCAUUGUCCUUGUUUACCAUCAAAUGCUGCCCCCCCAAAUAGCCCUUUGCAGGACACGGUAUGGAACGUGGCAUUCUGGGAAAGUCUGAGCAAGAGUGAUCUGCAUCUCUGCCCCCAACCUUGUUUCAUCAUUGCAUGGCUUUUUUUUGUUGUUGUCCCCGUCUGUGAAAGCACUAGAAUAUCCAUCAUAUUGAUUCAACACACGUACCCUCCUGUUUGUGAAUGUGAUUAAGCUGAUGGAGUAAACUGAACUGUAACAGUCAAGAAUAGCAAUUUAAUCACAUUUUGAUCCACAUAUCCAUUUUUGCUUGUGUGUCAUACUACAUUUAAAUGGUUUGCUGCUUUUGUGAUACGUUAAAAACAGAUGUUACUUGAGCCUUUUAACAUAUCCAGUAUUAUUAACAGCAUCGUAUCAUAUACUCACAUACCUUUGCUUUGUUUUGUUUAUUUUUUUGUGUUUUUUUUGUCUUUUUGGGGGAGGAUGCUGAACUUCAAUCUAUUUAGGAAAAAAGGAAAAAUCAUGCUUGGUUUGACUGUGAACAGUACAUUCUAAAGUGCAAUUCAAGAUGUGUUUUUUAAAACAUGUAUUAUGCAACGCAUGGCCAAACAAGUGUCCAGAGAGAGAGGACUGAUUGAAAGGACAACACAUGAAUUUAAGAUAAUGGACAAAUACAUCACUGGAGCAUAGAAUGACACUGUUUAAAGGAGACAAAAACUUUAAGUGGAUUAUUUAAAUUGUAAAGUGUUGUUUCAUUCCUCAUCUGCUGAUGAGACUGCACUACUUUGGAUGAUGCAAGGAGGGAGAAGAGCACUUGCAUUACUGUGAUUAUACAGUGAGUUUUAGUUUUUUGUGUGAUUAUAAAAAUGUGCUGCUCAGAAGAAGACAAAGAAAACUGAGGCCUUGGUGGGUCACCCUUCAACCAUGACAUCCGCAGGUUUCACCUCUCUGCUUUCAAGCUUGCUUGUAUAACAUUUUGUAUACUGCGCUAUCUAAAAAGAUGUUCCUAUAAAGUAUAUGCUGAAUUGG